UCAUCUGCUACUAAGAGCUGAUCACGAUUCACGCACCAGCUCAACACAUCAAUAGCAAAAUUGAAAAUCGGCACACUUGCAAAGAUGGCGGCUUUCAAAGCGUUAUUUAGAGCGGAAAAAGUAUUCUACAAAAAUUUGUUAGCAGUCUCCAAUACUAACCUUAGGGCAGCCACGAAUGCACUGAGCAAGAGCUGUGGCUGCUAUUUUUCAACAUCCAGCAGUAGGAAAGCAAAAUUCUAUGAAGAUGCAACAGAAGCAAUUAAAGAUAUUCCAAAUGGGGCCACAGUGCUUGUUGGAGGAUUUGGUUUGUGUGGCAUCCCAGAGAGCUUAAUAAAAGGUUUACUGAAGACUGGAGUAAAAGGCCUGACAGCUGUCAGUAACAAUGCUGGGGUUGAUAACUUUGGGCUUGGAUUGCUCCUUCAGACCAAGCAGAUAAAGCGCAUGAUUUCGUCCUAUGUGGGAGAGAACGUAGAAUUUGAACGGCAGUACCUGUCUGGAGAAUUGGAGGUGGAGCUCACACCUCAGGGCACGCUGGCAGAGCGGAUUCGUGCUGGCGGGGCAGGGGUGCCAGCCUUCUUCACUGCCACAGGCUACGGCACCCUCAUCCAAGAAGGAGGCUCUCCCAUUAAGUAUAACAAGGACGGCACCAUAGCCAUUGCUAGUGAGAAAAGAGAGGUUCGUGAGUUCAAUGGAAGGCACUACGUGAUGGAGAAGGCAAUCACUGGGGAUUUUGCACUAGUUAAGGCCUGGAAAGCAGACCGAGCUGGAAACAUAGUGUUCAGGAAAACAGCAAGAAACUUUAACCAGCCCAUGUGCAAGGCAGCCAAAGUCACAGUCGUAGAGGUUGAAGAGAUUGUUGAUGUUGGAGCUUUUGCAGCGGAGGAUGUUCAUGUCCCCAGUAUUUAUGUCAACAGGAUUGUAAAGGGAAAAAAUUACGAGAAGAGAAUAGAAAAACGGACAGUUCGGAAGGAACAAGCAGAAACUCCCAAACCAAAAAAGGAGUCUGACCUUGUGAGGGAAAGGAUUAUUCGCAGGGCAGCACUGGAGUUUGAAGAUGGCAUGUAUGCUAAUCUGGGAAUUGGCAUUCCUAUGCUGGCCAGUAAUUUCAUCAAACCUGAGAUAACAGUCCACUUGCAGAGUGAGAAUGGCAUUCUGGGAUUGGGUCCCUACCCAACUGAAUCAGAGGUAGACGCGGAUUUGAUCAACGCUGGUAAAGAAACUGUCACUGUGCUUUCGGGAGCCUCCUACUUCUCCAGUGAUGAAUCAUUUGCCAUGAUUAGAGGGGGCCACAUCAACCUGACCAUGCUGGGAGCAAUGCAAGUUUCUAGGUAUGGGGAUCUGGCAAACUGGAUGAUACCUGGUAAGAUGGUGAAGGGAAUGGGAGGUGCAAUGGACUUGGUCGCCAGCGCCGGAACCAAAGUGGUCGUCACUAUGGAGCACUCAGCCAAGGGUGGUGGACAUAAAAUCUUGGAGAAGUGCAAUUUGCCACUAACUGGAAAACAGUGUGUGGAUCGGAUCAUCACGGAAAAGGCUGUCUUCGAUGUGGAGAAAGAGAAAGGACUCACCCUCAUCGAGAUUUGGGAAGGACUGACAGUGGAUGACAUCAAGAAAUGCACAGGCACAGAUUUUGCAGUAUCUCCACACCUACAACCAAUGCAACAAAUUUGAAAUUCUGCGAUAUGCUAGAGAGCAUAUCAUUUGAAUGCCAUAAUCAUUCAUAUAUAUACAGUAUAAAACAACAGCCUCAAACUAAAAGGAAUUCAGAUGUUUUAGGCUUCAGGUACUGUUAAAGUGAUCCACCAUUUUGUGAAUUUUGGGGGGGGGGGAUUUGAAGGAAUGUCUUGAAAUUUGAAGGGUACUGCUUUUUAAGUGUAUAAUUUUGAAAUUAACAUCAGUGUCAAACCAUUCAGCUCAUUAAGUGUCCUUCUCAAAAAAAGGGCCCCAUUCCUUUGAUGAAAUAAAUUUUUCUGCACUAUCUUCUAUCUGCACUAUCUUCAAUAUCCUUGUCAAAACAGUGUAAGGGCUUGUUUUUAAAAUAACCGAACAGAAGGCUAAUGUCAAUGCAAACAUUUUUAUAUCAUCAGUACAAAUAUUUACGAUAAUAAGUACGGCCUUGCUCGUUUGUUAUUUAAUGCUUUUCAGCUCUUAUGUUUUUGUACAAAACAAUAAAGAUAAACCCUGUUGUCAAAAAAUAUUUGUCUUUUGAAUUAAACCCAGGUUUUGAAAAGAUGUGGAGUCACAUUUUUUUCCAUUAAUCAAAAAGUAAAAUGAAAAUUUGCUUCAUCCUCUGUCACAUGGAUUGUACUCUAAAUGUAUUCAUACCAUUGGUUCAAUGUAACCGAAAGAUGGUUUUACCAAAUAAAAAGUUGUAUAAAUUCACAAGUUGUUGCAUGAAUAAAUGUAAAAAUGAAACAAU